AGAAGUGAACCUGCACUGCUGACUGUCUCUGCUGUUUGAUUCAAGUAUUUUGGUACGUCAGAAAAACAGUGAAAUUCACAGCGAGAGAAGAGCUGGGAACUGGGAGGUGAUUGGUUCAUGUGCACCCAGAAAACAUGGGCAACAAACAGACCAUCUUCACAGCUCAACAGCUUGAUGCCUAUCAGGAUUGUACCUUUUUCACUCGGAAGGAAAUCCUGAGGUUGUUCCACCGCUACCGAGACCUGGCUCCACAUCUAGUACCACUCAGUUACAAGGACAAUCCUGAUGUGACAAUCCCUUAUGAGCUGAUUGGCAGCAUGCCAGAACUGAAGGAUAACCCAUUCCGCCAGAGGAUUGCGGAGGUGUUCUCUGAGGACAAUGAGGGAAACAUGACCUUGGAUGACUUUCUGGAUAUGUUCUCCGUACUAAGUGAAAUGGCCCCACGUGACUUGAAGGCAUGUUAUGCAUUUAAGAUUUAUGAUUUUAACAAUGAUAAUUUUAUCUGCAAAUCGGAUUUGGAGAAGACACUGCUCAAACUAACUCGAAAUGAGCUGACACCAGAAGAAGUCAAUCUGGUCUGUGAGAAGGUUCUCGAUGAAUCAGAUCUGGAUAAUGAUGGCAAACUCUCGCUGGAAGAUUUUCAGCACAUGAUCAUCCAGGCACCUGAUUUCCUCAGUACUUUCCACAUUCGAAUCUGAGGUGCUCGGACCAGAAUCAGCAGUGUCACCCUCAAACUGAAAAAUUGUUUCAAUGUCCAUUCUAAGUCCAUUCAGAAUGAUGUGAUCAGACAUGGGGAGCCACCAGGAACAAGUCAACAUCUACCUUAGCAAGGCUGGCCAAGAGACCGAUCAGCCCAUUCACACGUUGCUCAUUCUAGCUCUUUGAUUUAGAGCUGAGUACUUUAAUUCCAUUUCUCCAUUUAAUCCUGUGCACUUUUCUACUCUUCCUUUCCAAAUCCGUGCCUGAUUCCUUCAGAAAUGUUGUCUAAUCUCUGUCUCAAUAGCUCCUGAGGUAGAAGAUUCCCUAUCCUUAUACUCCUUUUGCACGGAUCUGCCCCCUUCAUUUCUCACAUCAGUUUUCCAGGGGAAAGUCACAAUCUGUGAAACUGAUUCACAAGGUGAAUAUUACUGAU